AUGACGAAGAAUAGAAAGGGAAAAUCCAAGGCCAAGGUCUCAUCUAGGGAUUCUUCUUCCCAGAGUGGACCCAGCAUUCCCCCGCGGACAACAUCUUCUGCCGAGUCAGCCAUCAACAUCCCAAAGAGAACGGGCUCAGUAAAGGGAACAGAUUCCAGCAGCAAGCCUGUGUUCGGCGUCAUGGUCGGACCCAAUCUCGUUCCCGAAAGAAGCAGCAGCAAGAGAAAAGCUUCUUGGGACGUCGAAACGCUUUCUUCAAUGUCCAAAGUUGAUCUCCUCAAGGAGCUCAAGAGUAAUAUCAGCAAGGAAGAAGCACAACGAAAGAGAUUGAAACCAUCGACAUCCCAUGACUCUCAGUUCUGGAAAGAUUGUGCCAAUCAUGAAGGCCUCAAAGCAUAUCGUGUUGGAGUCGAGGCUCACCUAGAAUUUCUGGACUCCAAAGCCAAAGGUCGCACGAAGGACUGGGGGGAGUGGAUUGAUAGCCAAAACGGCCAGACAUUUGAAAUCCGACAUCUUGCGCAUCAGCAACGGAUAGGACUCCUAAGCAAGCAAGCUGAGAGUAUGCGAGCAGACUCAUUGAACACUCGCAUAAGAGACAAACUUGUCGAGCUGUUCGUUUCUUCCAAGCUUGGACUCGAUGCAACUUUAGCCGGCAUAGGAAGCCGGAGAAGCACAGAUCAGCAGAAGUUCAAGAAGAAAAUGCUCAACGCGUACUGCCCCAAAUCGCUGCGACCCUCUAGAGACUCUGUUUGGGAGCCAGUUCUGCAUAAAUGGGUUGAGACUCCACUUUGCAAGGCGGCGCACCUUUACCCAUGGUCCCAAUUGCACUCAAUGGACUUGAUUUUUGGCUCUGAAGGACCUAGGGACAUCUUCUCCCCUAAAAACGGGCUCAUACUCCAUACUAAAAUCGAAUGGGCCCUGGAUCAUGGCGUUAUAGCCAUAGUUCCUGACGUCGAUCUAGACCCAAAAAAUCCUGAUUUCCCGCUUGAAGAUCAAGAGGAGAGAGAAGAACGCCUCAGGAACUGGGAGAACGGCAACGUUAAGGAUUACAAAGUGAUUGUAGUGGACAAAGAUCAUGAGAGAGCGAAAGAGCUACAGAAUCUCGGCGGCGAUUUCAUCACGCUGAACGACUUGCAUGGUCGCAAGUUGGAGUUUUUGAACGGUUUCCGCCCCCGCGCGCGCUAUAUUUGGUGGCAGUUUUACUCUUCAAUCACCAAGGCUUCGUGGAAGAUGAAGGCGCUCGGCCAGGAAGAUCGAGAUCUUAUGCAGAAGGAGAUUCUCAAAGCAACGCGCUUUUGGGGUAGCCCGGGACCUUACGUUACUGAGGGCAUCUUGAGCUCUUUCGCAAAGACCAUCGGCCAUUCCGUUGAGUCCUUACAUGAUAGUAUGGCUGGCAAAGGAGACACGGAAGCAGAUGAUGCAGCAUUGGCUGCUCUCACUGCUCAGGCGACGGAGGGGGAUUAUAAGUUGAUCAAACUUCUUGAGACGUCCGAUCCCAACGGCGAGGAUUUUGAGUAUAGUGAGGAGGAGGAGGAGGAGGAGGAGGAGGAGGAGGAUAAGCUUCAUUACAAGGGGGAUUCCGAUUAUGACGGGGACGGGGACGGUGAUUUGAAUUAG